ACGAGCUGAUUUUCUAAAUGUGAAUCUGAGAAUUGAAUUAUAAUAAACUUAAACAGGAAUUCGAAUUUAGUCUUUGAAACAUUAUCCUUAAAAUGAUAGAUGUUUUAAACUCUUUCAAGUCCCUUAUUAAACACGAACAAGUAAACAUUGAUAACAAUGUAUUUAAAUUGCAUUACAGAUUCACUGUUGUAUUACUGGUGGUUUUUUCUGCAUUAUUAACUAGCAAGGAAUAUUUUGGGGAUCCAAUAAGCUGCGAUACUGACGAUCAAGAUAGAAAACAGUUAAUUGAUAUGUUCUGCUGGAUACAUGGAACAUAUAUUAUCAAUAAAGCGCGUAAAGGUGAUAUACUCCCAGGAAUAUUUAAUAUGUACGACUCAACUAUUAAUGAUAUAAAAAAUCAUACAAAAAAAAUUAUGGACGAACUAACUCUUCAGCCAAAUGAUGAAAUAAUAUGGCAAAAAUAUUAUCAGUGGGUCUGUAUCAUGUUUGGACUUCAAGCUUUACUUUUUUAUCUGCCCAGAUAUAUUUGGAAACACUGGGAAGGAGGUAGAAUGGAAUUGUUAGUUCAAGAUUUGUGUGGCCCUUUAGUACCCACGAAAUGGAAUCCAGAGGCAAGAGAAAGACUUCUGAAGUAUCUUUUGAACAAUAACAAUGGACAUACAUUGUAUGCUUUACAUUACAGUUUUUGUGAAGUUUUGAACCUUGUCAAUAUAGUGCUUCAAAUAAGACUGAUGGAUUGGUUCUUGGCCGGCCAAUUCUCCUUGUACGGCAUAACGUUCGCAAGUGUGAACAAUUUGAGCCCAAUGGAUAAGGUAUUCCCAAAACUGGCAAAAUGCAUGUACUACAGAUUUGGACCUUCAAGUACUAUCGAAAGUAGAGACGCACUCUGCAUAUUGCCCCUGAACAUUCUCAACGAAAAGCUGUUUCUGAUCAUUUGGAUAUGGUUUCACGUUUUAUCUUUUAUAACGAUCGUCUAUAUGUUGUACAGAUGUUUCGUUAUAUGCAUCCCCAGCUUGCGUUCUUACAUACUAAUCAGUCACAGCAAAUACGUAUGGUGCUUCAAAGUUAAAUUGAUGAUUAUGAAGAUCAAUUACGGCGAUUUUUUCAUUUUGGAUCAUUUGGGAAAAAAUCUCAAUCCGAUUAUCUUCUGCGACAUAAUAGAUGAUAUUCAUCGUAGUCUCCAAGCGAGGGAAAAGUGCUCUAAUUUUGACAAGAAUAUCGUUUAGAUUGUAAGUUUUUUAUCUGUUGCUGUUAGUUCAAGUUUUGACUCAACUAGUUUACUACGUACAAUAUAAUUUGUUAAUUCAUUUGUAACCACAUAAAUAUCAGAAUAAAGGUUUUUUUUUUUCUAUUUGUG